AUGGAUAAUGUAUGGGUUUCGAGAACAGAAACAGCAUUAUGGUUACUUAAAAAUGAUGAAAUACUAGGAGAUCUCUUGGAUAAUAAAGGCAGAUCAUGUCUUCAGCUAUUGGCAAACAUGCCAUCGGCUUUCAAGAGUGGAUACCCCAUGGACAAAUUUAAAUCAUUUAUCUAUUUCUGUCUUCCAAGUAAUGAACACGAUGCUGAUAAAGUUGACCAAACGAAUUUGAGGCAACGCAACGAUUUGGAGAGUGGACAGGGCAAAAAUCACCUCCUUCUAUCUUGCUCUUUAAGCUUCAGUAGAGGAUGGCCAAUCAUAGGCAGUAUUCAAAAUCAGAAGAAGAAGUACGAAUCAUCUUGGAAACUUGCUAAGCUGCUCAUAAAGAAAGACAAAUCAUGGAAAAAUACUGAUAUAAAACCAGAUAUAGGAAUUAUUUCCUUUGGAGAAACAGAAGGAAGUGGAUCGGAGAAAAAAAUUGUAUUAGGAAAGAAAGAAGAUAAAGAAGAAAAAGAUGAUAUUAUCCCCCCACCAUUAUUUCUUACAAAUGCAACACCAUUGCUUAUAGCAACUAGCACAGGUAUAGAAGAGAUCGUUAAUGGGAUACUCGACGAAUAUCCUCAGGCAGUAGAGCAUGUUAGUGACCAAGGACUUAGUAUUAUGCAUGUUGCCAUUAGGCACCGUCAAGGGAAUAUCUUUGAACGUGUGAGGAAGAUGAAGAUUCCGAUGGCGAGGCUUGUUCGGAGAAUUGAUGACAAUGGCUAUACCUUAUUGCACCAUGUUGCUGAUAUGACCCAUUAUUCUAGUGGAAAUUUGCCUAACCCUGCUCUUCAAUUACAAGAUGAAUUGAAAUGGUUUGAGCGUGUACGGAAAUUAAUUCCAUCCCAUUACGUCAUGAACCACAGCAAAGGUGGUCAAACCGCCCCAGAUUUUUUCGAAAAGUCUCAUGCAUAUCUUCUCCAAGAGGCACAAAACUGGCUAAAGCGGACAUCAGAAUCCUGCUCAGUAAUCGCAGUGCUGAUCGCCACCGUAGCCUUCACGGUGGCGUAUACCGUUCCAGGAGGUUUCGAUUCCACUGGCCUUCCGAUAUUGCAUCACCACCCUUUCUUUGUGGUUUUCACAAUCACGGACGUUCUGGCCCUCGUCAGCUCUCUCACAUCGGUGGUGAUGUUCAUCUCCAUCCUCACCUCUCCCUUCAGGCUUCAAGAUUUCCGCAAGUCUCUUCCGCGAAAGCUUUCGCUGGCCUUCACCUUCCUAUUCCUCUCAGUGGCGGCUACCAUGAUGGCUUUCUCCACCACUGUAAUUCUGAUCGUCCGUCUGCAAAAGCGGUGGACCACUACUCUUAUCUAUGGCGUGGCUUUUGUUCCGGUGACACUGUUCGCACUCUUGCAAUUCCCUGUCUACGUAGCUUUUAUGGGCACCGCGAAGCAGUCUCUAAGCAUCAUGAAGAAGGCUCUUCCUCGGAAUUUUCUAAGGGAGAUGAUUGGCAAGAAUCAGUGAAGUUUAGUAAUUAAACAAGAAUGAAUAUUGAAGUCUGUUUAAGAAUGUGUAUACAUGGAUAGCAAUAGCACUGAAGCUGGACUGACUCUGCCUACCUUUAUUAAUUGGAUAUUUAAUGAAUUGGUUGGUUUCCAAUUUCA